AUCAAGAAUGGCCUCAACUACUAUAAUCCUUUUCCUCUCAUUCAGCAUCAUUCCAUUACUCACCAUCGUUAGAGCAGAUAACCAUUCCGUUUACUGCCCUCCACCACCACCUUGUAUUUGUAUUUGUAAUCCGGGACCACCUCCGCCGCAACCCGAUCCCCAACCGCCAACUCCACCAACAUUUCAACCAGCACCGCCAGCCAAUGACCAACCACCGCCUCCACCACAGAGCACAUCACCACCUCCAGUAGCGACCACACCACCAGCACUUCCUCCAAAACCCUUACCGCCACCGUUGUCUCCUCCGCAAACCACACCACCUCCUCCACCAGCUAUUACACCACCACCUCCACCAGCUAUUACACCUCCACUAUCACCUCCUCCACCAGCUAUUACACCACCACCUCCACUAGCGACCACACCACCGGCACUUCCUCCAAAACCCUUACCGCCACCGUUGUCUCCUCCACAAACCACGCCACCUCCUCCACCAGCAAUCACACCACCACUAUCACCUCCUCUGGUUGGAAUAUGUUCCAAGAAUGAUACCGAACUAAAGAUAUGUGCCGGAAUUCUAGCAAUUAGUGACGGUCUUCUAACCACUGGAAGAGCAGAACCAUGUUGUUCCAUCAUCCGAAAUGUGUCUGAUCUUGAUGCAGUUACUUGUUUUUGUAAAUCGGUAGGAGCACCACGUUUUUCCCUCUCUCCCAAUUUCGGCAUCUUCUUUAAAGUUUGUGGUCGUAGGAUUCCACAAGGCUUUAGCUGUCCCGGUCCAUCACCAACAAUCUCACCACCACCACUUCCUCCACAAACUUUAAAACCGCCUCCGCCACAAACAACACCACCUCCUCCACCAGCUAUUACACCACCACUAUCACCUCCUCUAGUUGGCAUAUGCUCCAAGAAUGAUACCGAACUAAAGAUAUGUGCCGGAAUUCUAGCAAUUAGUGACGGCCUUCUAACCACUGGUAGGGCAGAGCCAUGUUGUUCCAUCGUACGUAAUGUGUCUGAUCUUGAUGCAGUUACUUGUUUUUGUAAGUCGGUAGGAGCAAGACGUUUUUCCCUCUCUCCCAAUUUUGGCAUCUUCUUUAAGGUUUGUGGUCGCAGGAUUCCACAAGGCUUUAGCUGCCCAUGAUGACCAUUUUCUUGCACCACACACAUUCUCCUCAUUCUCUCUAGUCUUAAAUAUACAAAGACAGCCUUGUGAUUUUUUUUGGGUUCCAACAAUGUAAUAAAUUACCAAUGAAAUUAUAUUGUACCUUUGUAUCAAUUUUCCUUAUCUUACAAAUAAACCAUGUGAGUAACCUUUGCAUGCUC